GCCACGUAUGACAUGGAGAGUCGGGAGGAGCUUCAACCAUGGGCGGUGGUGGCGGCGGCGGCAGCACCAUUGGCGGCGGCAGCGUGCUGGGCGGACACGGCACGGGCAUGAGCAAUAGCACGGUUGGCAUGGGAGCUCCUCCUGGCAGCUUGAUGCACGGCGGCGGCGGCCCCAAUGGCGGCGCCCCCGGCAAUAUCUACGGCAAUGGCAAUGGCGGUGUGGGUGUGGGCGGUGGACAGAGUACGGCGCCCGGUUCGGUGAUUGAUUCUAGGGCCGUGUCCGUGGUGGUGACACUACCAGGCGGCCCGGGAUCCCAGCAUCCAGGGCAGGCGUUGAGCGACUACGGUCCCAUAUAGUUAAUGGUACGCCCGGACACCACGCACUGGGUCUCGACGAGUAGCUUCAGUCAGUUGUAAGUCCUUUCACUCACUCACUCACUCAUGCUCCCUAUCUCUGCUUCACUCUAUGUCUGUCUGUCUGUCUGGUCACUCUCACACGUAGUAGUCUCCUCUAAUACACACACACAAAUGCACACACAAAUGCACACUCUUUCUGUCUCUCAUUCGCAAAGGUUUGAAGCAAUUGCCAUAUUAAUUCUUGUAGCUGUAGAUUUGUUUUUAGAAAGGAAAAAAACGCAACAAAAUAAGCAACAUUCUGCAUUAAGAUUCUAGUCCAAAAACCUUUGUCAUCGAUAUAGCCGAUAACCGAUAGGAGAUAGUCGAUAGCAAGCGAUAGCAGACGAGAGCAAAGUGCAGCGAAACAGCAGCAGCAGCGUGUGAGAGCAAAGGAGAAACAGGAUGAAAGCGAAACGGGAGUGAAAUCAGAAUUACGAGAGCCAAAAUGAAGAUCAAAUCUAUGUAGAUCCAGAACCAGUCGCGCGGUCUGUUCCAUCCCUACCAUAAUCGAAAACUACUUUCCUAUUCCUAAUUAUUUAUACACACACACAAACGCAAGCCUUUGUUCUAACCCAAACACACACUUUCUUCAACGAAAUAGACUGAGAAAUGCAAAAACCAAUUAAGAAGUAAAAUACGCGGGGAUGAAAACGAAGGAGAGUUACGAGUAGUAAGCACUCUGCCCCACACACUGCCAAGUCAGAGCCACGAGCCAUAUUUCGAAAUUACAACUAACUUUUAAUCAAACUAACUAAACUAUUAACCUUAACCUAAACAUAAACACACAGAAACGUAAACUAAACAAAAAGAAAACAAACAAACAACAACAACAGAUAAAACCCUUUCGAAUGAACGUAGAAAUACAGUUAAAAAUAUAAAAUUGCGAUUCCAGGGUUGUCGCGUUAUCAAAGAGAGCGGGGCGAAACAGUGUUGCCAGAUACCAUUUGUAAAUUAUUUAAUCUAACCUUUAAGCCAUUACCCACCACUAAGUUUUGUACAUAGUAUUUUCGAAAACGCCGCAUAGUCUGUAAACGAACGUUUUUUUGAGACUAGACGAGAUGUGAGAUGAGAGGAAUCCCUGAAACUAAAAUAGAAAUUGCAUUUCAAGCAUCAAAAGCAACUCUGCAUUUAAGCUCAAACAUUGAAUUUAAUUUUUACAACAAAACCCCCGCCCCGUGCCCGAUUUCCCCUUAAAAAUACAAAUAUAUAUAUUUAAAUAUAUAAAUUGCCAACAUUUGCAGCCGAAAAGCAGGGCAUUUUUUUGCAUUUAAAAAAGGAGCAAAAAUAAAAAUUGUAUAAAGCUAAACAUUUAUAUAAGAGUAUUAAAAUUAAAUUGUAAUCGUAGUCGUAAACGGAAAAAAGAAAAA